CGGUUCAAAGCGAUGAAUUUCAAUUUGGUUAAGCUUGGUUUGUUUCAGAUUUAUACCCACUGGCCCACUCCUACGACUUUUCACGUAAACUAAUAUGAAAAGAGCUCGUGCUCAACACGUGAGCAUUUUAACAGAGUGACACCAUCUGUUGAAGGGUAAUUUGGUCAUUCUAACAGAAAACUACAAUCGUCAAAGUCACCAGAGCGAAUAUAUAUAGAAAAGAUUACAUCAAAUCUCUUUCUCUUCAUGAUUUAUACUUUUCUCUGAGAACAAACACAUUCUUUCUCGGGAAAAUCAAGUAUGGCGUCUUCUUCAGGCAAUCGAAGCAACAACAAUGGAGCUUCUUCAUCUCACCCUCCUCCUCCCAUCACUUCAUCUCGUCUCUACAUCGCCAACAAAUCCAAAGAGAUCCUCGCGACACGCGACGCCACAGGAAUCACCAAACUCGUCACCAACCUCUGCUACGCGAAAGAAUCAGACGAAUCAUCGAGUCUCCUCUACAACACCUUCAAGAAUCAUUUCCCGAAUCUCUUAGCCGUCAAACUCAUCCACGCGUACAGAUUCAUGACCACAACGACGGCGUUUCACUCCUCCUCUCGCUCAGGCCUUCGAUCUUACCCCCUCGAACUCCUCACCUCGCUUCUCAUCGACCUCGAAGAGUCUAACGUCGCGUUGAAAACAGAGGCGUUGAAGGACAUGAAGGAGCAUCUUAACGCUUGCCUUGUAGAGCAAGAAACCUCUGAUCGCGAGUUUAAGCUCCUCUCGAGAAUCGUAUCUCGCGUCUCCGUUGAUUUCUUCAUCGAAUCCAUCCCGUGGGAGGAGCUCUCUUCCUUCAUCGUCUCUUUAAACGACAAGAAAAUGCUGCUGAUGUUCGUGGAGUUACGGACUGUUCUCGACGAAGGUUUCUUGAAGCCGUUGCUGGAGAAUGAUCUCGCGUUCAAGAUCGUUAAAGCCUUGUUUCAUCAAGAUGGUGAAGAAUGGUGUUUAGCGUUGGAAGCUGGGUUUAAUCUGAUGCUGCAGCUGAUAAACUUGGAGAGGAAAGAUUUGGUUUGGGACUCGGUUUACGCGAUCGUGAGUUCGGUUUGGGAGAUGGUUAACGUGCGAAAACGAGAUAUGGUCGUGCGUAAAGGGCUGUUGAGGCUAGUGAGGAAAGUGCGUGGUGAAGCUAUGAGAUUUCGUGGGCGUGAGUAUGAGUUCGUGUCGCGUUUGGCUUUGAUGAUUAAGAGGAUCGAUGGACUUGGAGAUGAUACGAAGGUUGCUGCGAAGAUGAUUCAUGAUGUUCUUGAUAGGUAUUAUAUGGGAGGUACAGGAUUGGAUUCGGGUUUCGUCCAGGGUCUAAUUGGUAUGCACUCUGCUUAAACCGAUUCUGGGAUUUAGCGUUUGUAAUUGGUUACUGAGACCAUCUCCAAUGGUUCACUCUAUUUUUUACUCUAAAAUAGAGUAACUCUAUAAUAGAGUUUGA